AUGGCACCACUUCGUCUACGCCAUCCGGAAGGUGUAUCGACCUUUCAGUUGGAUUUCGAUAGUGCAACGGUAGGGGAUUUGCAGCAACAAAUAUUCGCAGCAUCCCAGAUUCCCCCUUCCCACCAAGAAAUUAAAUCAGGUUAUCCUCCCAGCACCUUGACGGUCAUACCCGAGUUGCCACUGUCUAGUCUAGGCCUCAGACCUGGAGAACAGAUAAUAGUAAAUCAAAGAGCGAUCGCAGCUGCGGUGCAUCCUCCGACAGCUGGCACUAUGACCCUACCAAUAUCGCAGUCUUUUUCCUCACCUGUCCCUCAACCGAUCGCCACUCCAUCAAGCACCGGGCCUGCGUUCGUGGAAAUAUCAGAUUCCAGUGUGUUAGUGCACAGGGUCGUUCCCGAUGAUAACUCAUGUCUGUUCUCAUCUGUUGCCCUGAUCUUUGAGCAAGACAUCAAUAAAGCGCAGAAAAUGCGGCAAAUUGUGGCAGAUGGCAUACGGAGUAACACGGAGACUUACAAUGAUGCGAUUCUGGGAAUGCCCCGCGACAAGUACAUCUCGACUAUCCUUACACCCUCUGUGUGGGGUGGAGCCAUUGAACUUGGAGUUUUAGCAAAUCAUUUUGGAACGGAAAUCACAUCGAUCGACGUUGAAACUGGACGAAUCGAUCGGUUUACUCCACCAACUGAGAAGAGCAGAGGGGACAGGUGUGUUCUGAUUUAUUCCGGCAUACACUAUGAUGCCGCAACUCUCUCUCCGGCGGUCGAUGCUCCAGCGGAAUGGGAUCAAACCGUUUUCCCCAUAAUGUCCACAGACGAGGAUGACCCUGUCUUGGAAGCGGGCAAAAAACUGGCGACAAUUCUAAGAGAGAGGAGAGCGUUUACGAACACUGCGACGUUUGACUUGAAGUGCGAGAUCUGUGGGAAGGGCUUGAGAGGCGAGAAGGAAGCCAGAGCACACGCUCAGGAAACUGGCCAUGUACGAUUCGGAGAAUACUGA